AUGCACCAUAACCUUAAUCAUUCCAAAGGUACAAUUUUUGCACCUUGUCUCAAUGAUAUACCUGAGGCUGAGAUAGUUGAGAAUAUGAGUGAACAAGGAGUAGUUUCUGCAUACAAAUUUGUCAAGCAUAUCGAUGGCCAAACCAUUGCUAGCGGUGUUGUUUUGCUUACAUUUGAUUUGUACACAUUGCCAGAAAAAGUUGAGGUGUCAUGGUAUACUACGAAAGUUAGACCAUAUUACCCCAACCCAAUGAGGUGCCGAAACUGUCAAAUUCUUGGCCAUACAACCAAACGCUGCAAUAAAACACCUGCUUGCGAUUCCUGCGCACUUCCUCCUCACACCCCCUCGCCUUGCUCACGUACUUUCUGUGCGAAUUGUGCAGGCAACCACGCUGCCUCUAAUAGAACAUGCCCGAAAUUCACGCAAAUGAAACAAAUAAUCACCAUAAAAACCGACAAAAAAUGUAGCAUGCGCGAAGCAAUGAAAAUACAUCGAAUGCAAAUUCCUCCAACUCUUAACGAGUCUUCCCUAUCCUUCUCAAAUGCAACAAAAAACUCCAACCAACAAACAAACUCCAUAAACAUUAUUAAUACAAAUGACACCCACGUACAAAAUAACUCUUCUGACAAUAUUAAUAAAAACAUAUUAACGAACAAAGCUUCAAAAGAGAAUACCCCAAUCGCACCAACAAUUUCUUUCAAGUCAACCUCAACUUUAAGUUCCAACAACAACUAUAAUAGUCACCUAAAAACCGGUUUCUCUCUGCCUAACAGCAGCGAAGAUAACAUCAGCACUGAUAACAUAAACACGAAAGAAAAUAAUUCAAACACCGAUAGUACUAUUGAUCUCGCUGCUAUUAAUUCAGUCGAUUACUACACAACAAAUCCCAUGAUAGUCUCCUUACUCUCACACCUCUCUUCUUCCGACACACCCUUCCCCUCUUCCCUAUCCCAUACAGAAAACAAUUCAUUUAGUAUAGAUUAA